AUUGCAUGGGUUUAUCCACACUGCUGUAUAUACAUUGUAGUGAGGGAACGCUUAGUCUACUCUGGAAUACUGGAGCCACGAGGUGCCGUGUCAUUACUGACACUGGACAUUUUCACAGUCUUAUGUUCGGACAAGUGUCCGUAGCACCUGACGAAUAUUGACUCUUCUUGUUACGUACGAUACAGCAAACUACACGCAGGAGACGGAAACUAAAUGACUGAAUAUUUCUAAAGCAGGAAGUAAAUUUGCGUCGCGUCACGGCUGGGAGAUCGGGCUCUGAAACACCAUGCCGAAUUGGCGAGCAGUGGCAACUAGCUCGGUGGUCCUGGGGGUUGGGUGUGUCCUGUCAGGAUUCCUGACCACUACCUCGCAGCAAUGGGCUGCACACGCCAACACUACAGGACGGCCUCGGUCACGGCUGCACACGUUCGACCACUCCUUCUUCAUGCAAACAUUCCUAUUCCUAGGCCAACUGUCGUGCCUUGGACUUCACUCCAUCAUACGUAAAAUACGCGGUCCGCAACCUGCUGUAGAGGAGGACCAGGUGCCAGAUGGAAGAGUCGCGGCCCAGAGGCGGGCUAGAGCAAGAAAUAAGAUGGAAGAAAAUAGAAAGCAAAACCCUCAAGUUAGGAAUGAAAGGUCCAUAGAGGAGGAGCUCGUCGAAGCAGCAGUGGACGUGAGGGUGCGUGGGAGAGAAGACAAAACCGUAAAGGACGCUGCGGGGGAAGAUGUCCGUGGACAGGUUCAGGCAGCCGGGGAUGGAGUUAUCGGGGGUCCCGUGGUCGGCGUUCAGGUGGAGGAGACGGAGGAGGGCCUGAGACAGAGGCGCCAGAGGGAACAGAGAGAACAGAUGAUACGAGAAGCAGGCCCCAGGAGAGGACCCAGGCUGGCCAGAAAAAUUAAACCAAAGGACAAAAAAGGAAUACAACAAGAUUAUAUUUCUGCCAUGUGCGCUCUGCGACUUUGCAAGAACAGGGUUACUGUUUAUUGGACUGCGUCAGACAUUCCCUAGUAGUUUCAUCAUGCUGCAGGGUGUUGGGUUGCUGGCAACAUGUACAUUGACCGUGGCGUUUGUUGGCCGCGAAAAGACCGUGCGUAAACUGCAGUGGGUUGGUGCCUCGAUAUGUGCUGUGGGACUGGCGGUGAUCGGCCUGAGGGACUAUGUGUGGGGGAAGGACAACACAUAUGACCCGUACGGGAUAGCUGCCGGGGACCUGCUGAUUGUCAUGGCACAGCUGAUGACGUCAAUUCAGGUGAUCCUUGAGCAGCGCUUUGUGAAGAAACACGAUAUAGAUCCACUUGUGGCUGUUGGACUUGAAGGUAUGUUUGGGUUCAUCCUCUUGGUUAUCCUGCUUAUCCCGUUCUACUUCGUGGAUGUUGGGGCAUUUAACACCUUGCCCAAACACCGCCUGGAGGAUCCGUAUGACGCAUUCUGUCAGAUGCAGAAGGACCACAAUAUCAUUGCAGCCUUUCUAGUCAGCGUGUUGUUCUGGCCGGUGUACUACUACUGCGGGAUGUCUAUCACGAAGCACGUGGAUGCAGUGACCCGGAUGGGGGUGGACAUCAACAUACAGAUGCUGACAUGGGCUGUGUACAUCAUGGCAACGUGGCAAGCAUUCCAUCCAAUACAGAUUCUUGGAUUUGGUGUCUUUAUUGUCGGGGUCAUCGUGUUCUUCCUGGACGCUGACCCCAUCAUCGCGAGGUUCCAGUCGUGGCGAGAGAGGAGACGAGGGGAGGGAGAUGGAGAGGACGAGCCUCUGAACCCCGCAAACCAAGUUGUUCCCGAUUAUGGUAUACAAGAACAAGCCCAACCCCGAAGAAACCGCCCAAGAUAGACUGUGAGACUUUCAGAUGGAUUGAAGCGCAACAACAUUAACGCAAAGGAUAAAGUGUGAAUGUGACUGCUAUCAACGAUCACCAUUAUGCUAUGUUCUAUGUUAUAAUAUGUUGAGAACAAAGGUCUUUGUGACCACGAAUAAUACCCCACAGCUCCUCGACAAUCAUAAAGUGUCGUUUAUGGAUAUUGGUGACUAAAUACGAUUUUCACUACAUAAUUUCAUUACAUUUCCCAACUUCGUUUUGUUUGUGAGUAAACACCAACAUUCAUCUUCGAGAUGAACAGGUUCAGAGAACUAAGGGUGAGAAAAUUGAACUUGUUUCAAUGUACUUGCACACGUUGUACUCAUUUACCAGCUUUUUCAGCUGUACUUAAGGAAAGUUCUUCAACAACCCACACUGGUCGUAAGAGACGACUAAUAUAAGGGCUCCUACUCGCUGACUACUGGUGUAUGUAUGUUGUCGUAUCCCCAUGGCGUAUGGCAAUCCUCACCAUACCAGCCAUUCGACUGCUCAGUCCAGAUUGGAUUAUUUUCGGACCGCAGCAUGUACCGUAAACAACACACAACUGUCCGUUCUAGAACUGUGUUCUGCUGAAUGGAUGUAUUACAUUUUUGCCUUUCUCGUUGUACUACUAAUACACCUUGUAUCCACCAUGUAUGAGGAUUUCCAUAGAGAAGGAUGGGAAAUUUAGAAACUCUUAAGAAUGCAGAUGUAUGUACGAAAGUGGACUUGUGCGUUUACAUGUAUUGUGUAUAUAAGACAUUGAUAUCUGCUUUAAAUUUUGUGACAUAUGUGUGUGAUAAACUGUAAUAAAACACUUGAUACUAUC